AUGCUCAGCGCGCGAGAGCACGGACACAUCGCGCAGGUCUGGGACCUGAUCGCCGGCCACGAGGCGCCCUUCGGGGCGGAGCUGCUGCUCAGGCUCUUUACCGUGUACCCCAGCACCAAGAUCUACUUCGGGCACCUGAGUGCCAGCCUCGACGAAACGAUGCUGCUGAGCCACGGACAGCGUAUGCUCACGGCGGUGGGCGUGGCCGUGCAACACGUGCAUAACCUGCGCGCGGCUCUAAGCAGGCUCGCGGACUUGCACGCGUUCGUGCUGCGCGUGGACCCCGCCAACUUUCCGCUACUAAUCCAGUGUUUCCAGGUGGUUCUGGCUUCCCACCUGCAGGAUGAAUUCACGGUGGAAAUGCAGGCAGCGUGGGACAAAUUCCUGACCGGCAUCGCCGUGGUACUGACCGAGAAGUACCGCUAAGCACUUCGUCCCUCAGGCAUUGUUCUGUGUACACAAUAAAUGGAAGUCUCGAGCCGUGCGUGGUGGCGCACGCCUUUGAGGUAGAAGGAUCGCCUUGAGUUGGAGGCCACCCUGAGACUACAGGGUGAAUUCCAGGUCAGCCUGGGCUAGAGCGAGACGCUACCUCAAAAUAAAUAAAUAAAUGGAAGCCUCAAACUAGUGUGUGGCCUUUUGGAGAAAGUUACACUUCUGUUGCUGCAUAGUAUCCCAUAACUUUUAAAUGCCCAACCAAAGAUUUGCUCUUCUGUGAUACCGUAGUGUAAUGGGACACAGACGGAUCUGGAGGCGGGUAUUUUCAUUUUCAACUCAAAUCAAUAACUAAAGCCUGUUUGCAAAGCAUGUCCAUGUUUUCUCAUUCAUUCUUCUUUAUCCCCACCUCUGCUGAGACCUGCAGGACCCAAUCCCUGGGCUUUUGCAGGCAGAUUUGGAAUCAAGGCUCUGCAGCCAAUUCCGGCUGUGAAGCCUUGCAGGGGGUGGAAGUAAAAACAAAGUCAUUGGUGGCCACAAUUUGUCAGGCAGAAAAUAAUUUUUUUUAAGAUAAUAUCUCACUCUAGCCCAGGCCUCCAACUCAUGACAAUCCUACCUCUGCCUCUAGAGUGUUGGGAUUAAAGACAUAAGACAUCAUGCCAGUCUAUCUAGCUAUCUUUUGGUGAACACUGAAUUUAAUUAGGAUUGUUUACACGAGCAUGAGUGAGGUGUUCUUUACCCAACUUAUCAGUGGCUCUACCAAGAAAACGUUUUCCCCUCCCACAGCAACCAUUUUGUACCAAUAACUCCUCUGUGGGAAAGGUUAGGAUUUUAUGAGUCUCUGACCCAUGAUGGAAUGUUGAUGGGCCCAAUCUCCUACAUGUCUUGUGCCGAUAAUCACAGCUGCUGUGAUUCGAGAGAAUAAAGGCCAUGUCAUGUCCAGAAGACAGCAUUCCAUAACUAACUCUUCCAUGUCCUCUGGCUCUUUCUUUCCUUCCCACUUUUGGCAUGUUCCCUGAGCCUUGGAGGGAAUGAUAUAGCUGUCUCGUUGAGGGCUGAGCACUCAACAGUUACUUCUUAAGUGCGUUGGCUAGUUAUGAGUCUCUGCAGUAACCAUGGCCCCCUAUAAGAAGCUCCUCUGUCCUAGGCUGAGAACAGCCCUAACCUACAGGCAUAAACGUAAGUAUGUAGAAGGCACAGAGAAGUUUUUGAAUCAGCUCACACUGAGAAGCUGGGUGAUCCUGGGCACAUCUAAGCUGUUGUUGGAUGGAAAAAGAAAAAAAAAAGAAAAAGCAUUAACUUGGGGCUAGAGAGAUGUCUUAGUGGUUAAGACAUUUGCCUGCAAAGC